AUGAGGCCGUUCGUUCGUUCCGCGUCUGCAUGCCUGUCCGUUCUGCUGUGUUGCCUAGCAUUCUCCGUAGCAUUCGCUGACGAUGCGCAAGUAGAAACCGGAUUCAUUCUAUGCGAGGAUUUCGGCGAGCACGCAGCUUCAGCCGCUGCGUUUCACAAUAUCUCCGUCUGCGCCUUCGUCCUGCAAGGCGAGCCCGUCGAUUUCGACCUCACCCCCUCUGCGACCACCAGCACCCCUGCGAUCGUCGACGAUGAGUUUUCGCUUCGGCGAAACUUGCUGGGCGGCGGUGCGACGCCUGUUGCGAUCCAGUUGGCGCAAGGGCUGCUGGGAAAUGUGGGGACGGUCCGAACUCAGGCGACGACGGGGGGGGGUUGGGUGGUUAUGGGCUCCAUCCUCACACAGUCGCUACUGAUCAGCAAGAGCCUGGUCUGGGCGAUCAAGGAUAUGGUCGACAUGUACCGCACGCGCCCGCGAUCCGCGCAAAAGCUUCAGGACGCGACUCGCUACGUGGAUCGCGCGUAUUCCAACCAGCAGACGCUGUUGAUGGUGCUCAACAGAAACCCUCAGACAAAGCAAUCCGAGCAGCUCUCGUCCAUACGCGAUGAAGUCGCAUCCAUGACCCCCAAGUUCACCCAGCUGCUCUCGCUGCUCGCCACGUGGCGCCAGCAGCAGAUCCACGCCAUCACUCGCCUUCGUUUCGAUGCCGAGCCUUCCAGCCUCGCCGUCACCCAGGCCGUGCCGGCCGAGCCGGGAAGCGGAAACGGCGGCCAGAAGCUCGUGGUAACUCUUGAUCAUAAGGACCGGAACAACAACAACAACAACAAUAACAACAAUAACAACAACAACAAUAACAACAAUAACAACAACAACAAUAACAAUAACAACAAUAACAAAAACAAUAACAACAAUAACAACAGCAACAACAAUAACAACAAUAACAAGAAGAACAAGAAGAACAAGAAGGACAAUAAUUCUUCGGGUGGCUCGUCGAAUUCCGGUGGCAAGGGCUCUAAAUCGGGCAAGAAGGCGAAGGUCGGAGCGACUCAGGCGAUCAACGCGGUCGUAGCGGCAGAUGGCAGCGGGGAUUACAAGUCGAUUCAGGACGCUGUGGACGCAGCUGGGCCAGGUUCAACGAUUCGCAUCAAGGCGGGAGUGUAUAAUGAGCAGAUCCAGGUCAGCACGGGUCGCAUCACGAUGAUUGGUGCUGGCAUUGACAAGACGGUUAUCGUGAACGACGCCAGCCAGAAAGGGGGUUACGAUAUUAUCACCUCGGCCACAGUGGCUCUGCACUCUUCCUUACCCCCUCUCCCCCCUCUUCCGCACCCCUUCCGCUCCCCGUCCUUCCCUCCCCCCCUCCUCCCGUUGCAGCAAAUCGUUGCUGACGGCUGGAUGACGUGGGCCGGCGAGACGUACGGCGGAAAGCCGUUCCUCGCGGAGGUCAACAGCAAGGGUCCCGGCUCCAAGCCGUCGCGCGUCAAGUGGGCCAAGCCGGGCGUGGCGUCAUCCGGUGACGUCAGCCAGUACAACCCCAACAGCUUCAUCCAGCUGCAAUCGUGGAUCGGCGCAACCAAGAUUCCCGUCUGA